AUGUCAUUACCAUUAAAAGAAUAUUCAAUUGAUACUCCACGUCAAUUUUUAUUAGAAGAAUCAGAAAAAAUAUUAAAAUCAAUACCAAAUUGGGAAAAAGGUAAAUCUUAUUAUCAAGAUACUUCUUACCCAGUUGAGACUUCACACAAGACAAUAGAUGGUAAUUAUUGGUGUGCUAGAGAAACAGAACUUAAAAAUAUUGAUGUUGAAAAAUUUAAAAAUUGCAUAAUUGGUACUACUGAAAUUGGUUUUACUCAUUCAAAUCAUGAAUUAAAUUAUGUUCAUCCAAUUCAAGAAAUGAUUGUAAAUGAUUUAAAAAAAUAUGAAGAUAAUGGUUGGAGUUACACAAUUCAUGCUUUAUAUAAUUUCGGUUUCCCCCUCACAAAAAGAUAUUUUAAUGAAUUAGUUCACGUAUUUGUUGCAAAUGAUAGAGCAUUAAUUAUAAGUGUACCAAUAAAAGGUAAAGAAGAUGGAGUUUUAGGUACUUAUAUCUCAAUUGAAGAAAUUAAAUGGACUGCCCAUUCAGUAAAUUGGAUUGUUGCUACUACUUCAAGUGCUGGUGGUAUGAUUCCUGAUUUUUUAACUAAAAUGAGUUUAGGUGGUGAAUUAGUAAAAGAUGUACCUGAAGUUUUAGCUUAUAUUAAUAGUAAACAUUUCUUAGUUCAAGUUGGAUUAUAA